GCGAAGGUUUGCGUAUAAAGACGAUCGUCAACAGAGUUGACAGAAAGUUAUGAAAUUGGCUAAUGUCAAACGUAAUAACAUAAUGCACGAAAAAUGUUUCUUCUAGUCCGUGCUAUCUCACUGCGUUUCGUAUGAUUGGGUAUAACAUUUGACACAAGUAUUCGAUCGAGUGAGGAAACGAGAGAAAAAAGGAAAAGCAGGAGAUCCAGUGGUUGCGAAACGUCAGAGAUCACAACACGUAACGGGCUACUUCAAGAUGUCACAAAUGAGUCAAAUGGAAAUGGAUCAAGAAACAGUAUAUGGGACCCAUGAAGACAGUCAUGUGGUCAUGUCAGAGAAAGUGCAAUCUCUGGCUGGUAAAAUUUAUCAAGAAUUUGAAAAAAUGAUUGCUCGUUAUGAUGAAGAUGUGGUCAAAGACCUAAUGCCCCUCCUAGUCAAUGUUCUAGAAUCUCUAGACAUAUCUUAUACUGAAAAUCAAGAGCGUGAAGUCGAAUUAGAGUUAUUAAGAGAAGACAACGAACAACUUGUUACACAAUAUGAAAGGGAAAAGCAAUUAAGGAAAACAUCUGAUCAGAAAUUGUUGGAGCUUGAAGAUGUAGCAGAAGAUGAAAGAAAGGAACUUUUAUCAAAAAUUGAUAGUUUGGAAUCAAUUGUAAGGAUGCUGGAACUGAAGACAAAGAAUUCACAUGAUCACGUCGUUCGUCUUGAAGAAAAAGAAGCUGAGUUAAAACGCGAGUAUACUCGUUUGCAUGAGAGAUAUACAGAAUUAUUUAAAACGCAUGUAGAUUAUAUGGAAAGGACAAAAAUGUUAGUUGGCAGCACAGAAAGAUUAGAAAAUUCGUCUAACGGUCGUGGGCCAUCACGAUUGCCAUCACUUGGUUUAAGUCACAUGUCUCGAAGUUCUGGGCCACUAAGUUAUGGUUUUCAGAGCUUAGAAGCUAGCAUAAAUGCAGAAGAAGUUCAACAUGAAAGUCCACCAAAUACUGCUUCUAAUUUAAAAGCUGAAAUGUUGGAUAGUAGCAGUGAAGCUGCUAUUGAAACAUCUGAUAAAAGUCAAUUAACUGAUAAACCAGUACAAGCAAAUAAAACAACGACAAUUUCUAGACAUGAAAGUCCAGAAACUGAUAUACCUCCACCUUUGGUUACACCAACAUCACCAACAACCAUAGAGAAAUUAACUACUACUUCAAGUGGAAGAAGUAGGACAGAAAGAGAACAACGAAGUGGUAACACAUUGUACCAGGAGCUCAGUUUCCAGGAUGCUGAUGCAUUAGGUGAAAUGGAUGAAGGAGCAGAUAUUACCGGUAGUUGGGUUCAUCCUGGAGAAUAUGCUUCGUCGGUCAAUGACAACUUUUUUGGUAUGGGGAAAGAAGUGGAGAACCUUAUUAUGGAGAACAAUGAAUUGCUAGCUACAAAAAAUGCGCUCAACAUUGUUAAAGACGAUUUGAUUGUUAAAGUAGAUGAACUUACAAGUGAAUUAGAAAUGUUACGUGAACAAGUUCGAGGUUUGCAACAAACAAGAGAACGCUCACGGCAAAAAAUUAGUGCUCUUGAAGAAGAAUUGAAGAAAGCUAAAGAAGAAGCUGAAGCAGCAGCAAAAGCAGCCAAGAGUGACGAUGAGGAAGAUGUAUCGUUAGCGCAAAGAAAAAGGUUUACUAGAGUUGAGAUGGCUAGAGUGCUCAUGGAGAGAAAUCAAUAUAAGGAACGGUUUAUGGAACUUCAAGAAGCAGUUAGAUGGACAGAAAUGAUGAGAGCAACAAAGACUGAUCCUUGCAGUAUAUCAGGUGGAAAAGUAUCUGUGUGGAAGUUCUUUAGUAAUCUUUUUACAUCUACGGAUCGAGGAGCCUUUGUUCGUGGACCACACACGUUACCUCACAUGAGAUAUAGUGCACCAACAAAUCAAGUUGUCCCAGCACCACCACUGGAUACCAUGCGUAGACGUACGUUGAAAGGUCGCCAUGAGUUUUUGGACCAGGGAGACACCAUAGAUACCUGGUUAUUCUGGUUUUCGGUGGGGUGCUUAUUGGCCAGCAGAUGUUCUGAGAAACUGGUAGCGAGACGAGCAAAUGAACGAAGAGAGCAAUAUCGUCAAGUCCGCGCACAUGUUAGAAAAGAGGAUGGACGAUUACAUGCUUAUGGUUGGAGUUUACCUGGAAAACCAAGUGUUACAGUUAGACAACCCGUGCCUGUGCCAGUUUAUUGUAAUUCUUUACCAGGAUCCGAACCUGGCAUGAAGAUAUGGUGUGGUGCUGGUGUAAUUUUAAGUGGUGGUAAAACACGAGAUGGUGGAUGUAUGGUUGGAGGAAGCGUAUUUUAUGCUGCUGAAGCACAAGAAGUAAAUACAAAUAUAAAAACUGAAGAAGAUGCUGUUGAACAUUUGGGAAAGGAGCUUCAAGAAAAUGAAAAUCAAAGGGUAGAGGCAGAACAAUUGGAGCAACAGCUUAGCUCAUUAGUUUGGAUUUGUACAUCAACUCAGAAGAUGUCGAAAGUUACUGUGAUAAAUGCUAAUAAUCCAGCCAAUAUUUUGGAAGUCUUUAGCGUUUGUCAAGGACAUUUACUUUGCAUUGCAAGCGUACCUGGAGCCAAAGAGAGUGACUACGCUAUGAUCGAAGCUAUGAUUGAAGAUCCAAUUAAAACUGCCAAUGGAGUAACUGAGAACAAUAGCCAUGAAGUAAAUACGAAUUUAAGUACUGAACAGAACAUUCAAAAAAACAAACAAGAAAGUCAAGUUGUGUCAGAAAAAAAUAAAAAUGAAUCAGAUAAUGUUUCAGAAAAACGAAAUAAUGAAAAUGUUGAAAAAUCGAAUGAUACUAACCAAAUUAUUACUACUGAGCCACAAAGUAUGGAAAGUGUAGAUAGUGAAACUGCAAAUUUAGGAAAAGUGCAUUUCAUAAAAGUUAAUUUAGAUGUUCCAAAUUCACGAUUGGAUGAAAAAGAUGAUGUAACUGAGGAAGACCAAAAUAAAGUCGAAGAUGAUACACCUAUAGAGAAAAUGUCUUCAAUACAACCAACAAUGUGGCUUGGAGCUCAAAAUGGUGCAGUAUUUGUCCAUUCAGCUGUCGCUAAGUGGUCAGUUUGUCUACAUUCUGUAAAAUUGAAGGAUGCAGCAUUGGCUAUUGUACAUGUACAAGGACGAGUUCUUGUUGCUCUUGCUGAUGGAACUGUUGCAUUAUUCCGAAGAGGAGCAGAUGGGCAGUGGGAUUUAUCUCAAUAUCAUGUGAUUACCUUGGGUUAUCCACAACAUUCAAUUAGGUGCAUGACCGCUGUUAGUGGUAAAACUGUGUGGUGCGGAUAUAGAAAUAAGAUUCAUGUUAUAGAUCCAGUUUCAAUGACUGUCGAGUGUACCGUCGAUGCUCAUCCACGGCGAGAAUCGCAAGUAAGACAGUUAGCUUGGUUGGGUGAGGGCGUGUGGGUUAGCAUUAGAUUAGAUUCAACAUUAAGGCUCUAUCACGCUCACACUUACCAGCAUCUUCAGGAUGUUGACAUUGAACCUUAUGUUAGCAAAAUGCUUGGAACUGGAAAACUUGGUUUUUCAUUUGUGAGAAUUACAGCAUUACUCAUUUCCUCCAAUAGGCUAUGGAUUGGUACAGGGAAUGGAGUAAUAAUCUCUGUUCCCUUAUCCGAAAAUGCUGGUGGUUCAAUGACAGUAUCAAGAGUUCAGGCAGGAAAUAUUAAAAAUGAUGCACCAGGAGUUGGUGUUAGAAUCUUUGCCUCAGAUCGCGGUGUCACACUUGGCAGUUUCAUACCUUAUUGCAGUAUGGCUCAUGCUCAACUUAGUUUCCAUGGACAUAGGGAUGCAGUAAAAAUGUUUGUUGCAGUGCCUGGUCAUGGUGGUCAAAGUGCAGUAUCAGAUGGUUCACAACCAGUUAUGCUUGUUCUUUCAGGAGGUGAAGGUUACAUAGAUUUUAGAGGUGGUGAUGGAGAAGACACAGAAGAGACUAUGGAACGAUCUAAUAAUGCUGUUACCGCAAAUACUGAAGAGCACGCAGAACAAAGUCAUUUAAUUGUGUGGCAAGUGCAAUGUCCUUUACCAGUGCCAAUGAAUGGCAAAAAAUAGCCAAGAAAUUUUGAAAAUACGUUAAUCCCGGUGUAUGGUUCAAUUUGAACUUGUACACAUAAAUUGAAGCGUUUAAAGGUUUAAACGGUUCUCGUGAUAUGCUGUUGUGGAAUCGAUAAUCAGACCUAUCUUCUGGUCAAGUGAAUGCUGCAUCUAUUUAAUUAUACUUAUAUAACGAUUGUAGCGAAGUACGCAAAGGAAUCUACGAAUAAUGUAACAGCGAAGGAAAAGGAGAUAUUGUACGACUUCUAUGAAUACUAAGGAUCAUUCUUGGUAUUUCAUUAUGGAUAAUUUUUUAAGAGAAAGCUUUUUUUGGGGGAUUUCUUGUUAACCAAUAUUAACAAGAUUAAUUAAUUUACUAGAUAUGAGGUAUUCAUUGGAAAUCUUUUUUAAAUUCAGAGACAUAAUUAGAAUCUCUUAACUCAAUGCUUAUAAUCGUUAGCUUUUAACUUGAAAAACGUCCUUUACAAGUACUUUGUCAGAAUACUAAUUCGUAAUGUAAUUUAUAAUGAAACUUUCCCUUGAUGAUCAUGCAUGUAUUCUUUGUUCGUUGUUGAACAAAGUAUGUUCCCACAUUUUCGUACGUAGGAACUUUUAAAACGUCUUGAAGUCAGUGUUGAUCGAAGAAUGCUGGAAGUAUAGUAUUACAUUUCCGCCAAUCAAUGUGAUAACUGAUAGAGAUAUGGGGUAAUGUGUUUUAAAGCUGCCGUGACAUUUGCUAACUAGUUGCAAUAAAAUCAAGAAGUUAGACAACAACCAUUGUACAAUGUUCAUUUGCAGGGAUGAGAGGUGCAACCGAUUCGGAUAGUAUUUAGGCAUAAUCUAUUGUACAUUAUUUCCGUUAGAGAAUAUAUUAUUUUCUAAACUUAAACUGAUUUGAUUCGCGUAAAAAUAUAUAUACAUGGAAUAUAAUAUAUUUUUUAUGUUCUGCUAUUAAGGCUCCUCUAAUAUCAUCGUGUUCGACCGUGCCUAUUUUUCUUCAAGCGGUCGUCGAAAUAUCUCAAUAAAUUUAUGUGUACAUAAACUGUUGCGAAAUGUUUGUAUAGUGUUUUGUGUAGUAUAUAAUUUAAGUUUUUGUCGAGAAAUGAAAUAGAUGCGAUUCUGAUACACACACACAAUGCAAUCAUGUGUUUAAUCUCUCAUUGGUCGCUGCAACUUUAUUUUAUCGUUAACAUUACUCCCUCCUUAUACUAUUACCAAAGACGAGGAAUGAUUUAAUUGCAUUCUUUGUACGAUUUCUAGCGAGAGAUGGUUUAAAAGUUGUGCGUCAUAGCCAAUAUGUAGCGACCCGAACUCGAUAUAUAGAACAACCAUAUGCAUAUAGGACUCAAACAGAGUUGUCACGAUAUUCGGGCUUGCGAAAAUUUUUGUAAAUUUUUGUGUUAUAAACGACGAACGGUGAAAUUCAGGAUAUGUACGAUGUAUAAGAGCUGCGCAUUAUUGUACGUGAGCUCGCUUUCGGUGUCGAGCUCGGAAUUGUACCUGGCUCUGAUGAAGCUGC